UUACCUUUAACUGACUUCCCUUCUUCCUGACUAGACAGGAAGCAUCCUCAUUUUACCACUGUCGUUGGUUGGCUCUGUGUGAGAGUUGCUGUAAAAGUGGAAGCUUGGUGUGUGGAUAGAACAGAAGGUGAGAAUGAAAAACAGCAAAAGGGGCAGACCAGGGAGAUAUGAGAAGAGAAGGAUAGGAGCAGACAUCUGAUGCUGCAGAGAGGACAACAGGAGCAUGAUGCCAUAAAGGGCAUAAAAGUUAGACAUGGGCGGAACUACCAUUAGGCAAGGGGAGACAGUUGUCUGGGGCCCCCACUGCCUUGGGCCCCCCCCGAGACACCUCACAUGACUCCCCAUUGCCCCCUGCCCAGCCCCAAGGCCCCUCAGCCACUUGCCCUGUUUGCCCUCUCUCCUGCUUGUCCUCCUGGCCGGCAAUCGAAGCAGCAGACAAGCUGCUAGAAUCUCAUUACUCGAAAUACGGAUCAUCUGCUCCGCAGACAGAACUUGAGUAUUGCUGUGAGGAAAAAUUUCACAGCCUUUCUCCUUUUUUUAUUUUAAUAGUUUUUACUUUGGGAUUUCCUCUGUUGAGGUCUCUCUUAUUCGCAAUAUGGAGCCUGAUUAUAUGGGGGAUAUGUUGAAGGGUUCCCUUCCGGAGGGCCCCUUCACAGAAGCCGCAAUUGUUCCCUCGGUGGCAGGGACAGCGAGCUUGGGCCUAAUGGCCAUUGAAAAAGGAGAGGAGACUACUGUGAGCCAGGAGGCUUCUAAUCUGCCCGCCCCGCUGCCCAAGAAAUCGAAAAAGAAAACUAAACACCUAAAGGAAAAGGGCAUUGUCAAAAAGAAAAAGCAUAUACGAUCCCCUGGCAGCACGCCACUGAGCGAUAGACUGCAGUUGAAGGCAGUUCGGGCGCAGCAACCUUCUGCUUUCCCGCCCGAUUUAACUGCCAAAGGCGCGGUGGCCAUUUUAGCUCUCCUCUCCAAGUCUAGCCCUACCGUUCUUUUUAAGAGCAAUGGGGAACCUGGGCGCAUGAUGCCGAUCUCUGAACCCUUCCAGGGUUCUGUGUCUAUUAAUGACCCCCCAUGGGGUUCGCUUAGCGCGCCAGCGGCGGUCUCUGUGCUCGACCCUCCUCAGGGUCCUAUUAGCGUGACAACUUCAUGUACCGCCCUCGACCCUCCUCAGGUUCUGUUUAGCGCGCCGACGCCACUCACGGUCCUCGACCCUCCUCAGGGUCUGUCUGCUGCUGCUGCUAUGUCUAACGCUGCAGGUGUCAGUUUGUCUAAUAUGCCUCCACUCCCUGGCGGCGAACAGCUGUCCCUGGAUAGCCUGCCCAAGUGAGAUAAAUAUCUUGUUUCAUGAGAUCCUCUGGGGGACUAAGACCAAUGUGGAGAAGUGUCCAUUUACACAAAAGUUAUUCCAGCAGAGUUCAAUGGAAUUUACGUCUUUAAGCCUGGGGGAAAAGGUACAUCUUGAGGGUCUUCCUAAAAGGAAACAAAAAAGGAGCCUCUUAUUUCAGCAGGGAGCGUGUUCCAGAGCCUCAGGGCAGCCACAGAGAAGGCCGGUCCCAAGAUGCCAGCAAACUGAAGACAUCCAUCAUUUCAACACAUCCAUGCUGAAGUAGGAUAAAGGCAAGCAGUGUGAAAUAAAUUUAGAGGAAAAUUAGAGGAAAUUUUAUAUAUUGAGUGAUCUCAAUUUUGAUUAGUUUGAAUGUGAAACCACUUUUCCAAAAUGACGACUUCUACUAACACCUUGGAAUAUGUAUAAGAAAUGUUGGUUUUGUGAGACAACGAAGGCAAAUUUAGUAAAUAUGUGGAAGGUGAGUAAAAGAGACACUUUUCAGGAAAUGUAAUUAAGACCAUAGAGGAAAUGGUAACUAUUAAAUCAGAAUGUAAAAUACUGACAUGCCUUCUAAA